AUCUGUCGACUGUCUCAUCCCGGAGAGGACCAUUGGGGGUCAACGGUUGGAGACUGAGCUCACACUCACUCCUUGAUCUAGCCCCUUUAUCCUACAACAAACGUACCUGCCUUGCGGGUUGUGGAGGCCCUUCGCCAUGGCAAGUCACGAUAGGCGGCAAUCGUCGAGAUGGGUCGGAUUACUGUCCAUGAUGGCUUCAACGACCUCGGCCCUGUCACUCACCAGUUUUCAACCCAUCACCGCGACGACAGUCCACCUCGGCUGUAUCCUGGCCUAUAACUACCAAAUUUCCGGCUGCACCAUAGCCGAUUUUACGCGUGGGAAUACAUGCUCGGUAGCAUGUGUGAAGAGUCUCAUCAAAAUCCAGUAUGCUGUACAGGCAGCCUGCCCCAACGUCAACGUAGACGCGGCAUCAGUACUAGGGCAGGCCUUGCUGGGCAAUCUGGUGGAUUUGGUUUGCUCAGUUCGGCCCACAUCGACGACGACUCCCGCUGCAGCGACGACGACGGAGACAGAAGAGCCUCAGACGUCCACCACGGAGACAGAGACAGAAGAACCGGAGACUUCCACUUCCACUUUCUCUUUGACCACCGCUCUUGAUACUUCGAUCUCGACCUCCGCCCAAUUCUCCCCAACGACGAGCGCAUCACCUCCAUCUUCGUCCUCUUCAAGCUCUUCGACCAUCACUGCAUCUCCCGAGCCGACGACUGAAGACUCGUCGGGCGGCGGGAGCCCCUUUGACGUUGCAAGCAGCGACUCGCGACAGCUUACUUCUUGCUGGCCGCAGACGGUGGCCGUUGCAGUGGGGUUGAGCCUAUUACUUCUGCACUAGGCCUGUCUGUGCGGAGGAGAGCUGCUGUGCUCUAAGCGCGCGAAAGGAGCGAAUGGCUUGGCAUGGGGCUGCAUGGUGGAUCUAAUGAGAUAUGGGCGCACGACUUAGGGUUUUAAGACUCUGAGGGGAGUGAACAGGAAUUACAACGGUCAUUUGUCGUUGGGCAGCCAUAUUAUGGAAUACCGGGUCGGUCAUGAUGACAGAGGGCCCAACCAUUGCAUAAAGGAGCCGCACUUGGACAAUGGAUGGGAUAUGCAUUUCUUUUAGAGACGCCCGUUAGACGAUGGGAGGAGGGAAC